AAGCAGAGACAGUAAUCCUUUAAGAGGAUCACCUUUGGAAGAAGAAGGCGAACAAGGAGAUGCGUGGAACACAAGAGGAGUACAAGAUCCUUCCUGUCAAAUAUAUAAUCCCCUUUAGUUUAGAACCUUUAGUUCUUCAUGCAACUUUAUGAUGGAACGUAAGAGAGGGAGUUAAGCGAGUAUAAGAUGGCGCCGGCACUGCUGGAGGUUCUGUGCAGCCUGGCGGGCUGGUUCGGUAUGUACAAGUUGCUGUGCUGGGUUUCGCCUCAGCGCGGGCCCGAGUGGAACUGUCGACUGGUCACGCUAACACACGGCUUCGCUAUGGUGAUGCUGACGGCGUACGUGGUCUUCGUGGACGGACCCUGGCCCCUCACACAUGCAGGUAGCGAGAACACGGCUCUGCAGACCUCUGCGCUCUGUGUCUGCCUGGGCUACUUCCUGUUCGACAUGGCUUGGUGCGUACGCUUCGGCAGCGAGGGCGCCGUCAUGCUGGGCCACCACGCCGCCAGCAUCGUCGGCAUCCUGCUGCCGCUGCUGACGGGCGUGUCGGCGUGCGAGACGUGCGCCGUCAUCUUCGGCAGCGAGCUCACCAACCCUCUGCUGCAGGCCCGCUGGUUCCUGCGUCGGCAAUGA